UUCGCAUCCAGUCUUCAACAUGCCGUGUAACAAGAAAGCCACGUUCACCUGUGCUCUCGUCAGUGCCUUGGUGUUGAUUCUGGCCCCCGUUCGCCAGAUUCAAGGAUUUCCCAAUGGAGCUCCACCAACUGCCUGUGCCACCAUGACACCUGGACACGGUGUAGACGGCCAGCAAAGUGCCUCUCCGUUCAUGACGCAACUUCUCGAUGGGGAGAUCGUAUUGAUGGAUGGCACCGUCAGGCUGGAACUACGCCCACAGAAUGGCGUCAAUAGCUUCAAAGGUUUUCUUGUGAUGGCAUUUGACAAGGCUGACGAAUCUAAACCGAUUGGAACUUUCAAACAGCCCAUCGAUGGCAAAGUAAUUGAUUGCAGCGCUGGAGUCAUGAACGCAGUGACACACACCAACAACCUGGAGAAAAAAUCAGUGACACUCGAUUGGACUCCACCGAAAAAUUUUAUGGGCCAAGUUAUUUUCAGGACCACUUAUGUUGAAAACAAAUCAACGUUUUGGGUCAAGACGGAAUCGAAGGCUGUUGCUGUUGUUUUGGAAAUUCCCUCGGCAACAACCACAACAACAAUGGCUCCUCAGACACAAACGACAACUACAGCUGCACCAGUUUCAACCACGCCCAUGUCGGUUUCCACAAUGUCUGCGCCGACACAACAUCACGAUCACGCCGAUCACGCCGGCGAUCACGAUCACCCGACAACAACGGCUUCAUCUCCUAAAAACGCUGCCUCGCAAUCCAGCAGUUUCUGGAUCGGUUUGAUUGCCAUGUCCGUCUUGUCUUCUCUGCUGCGAUAAACUGUUAUUUGCAUUUAAAACGGGAUGGCUAUAACGAUAGGCUAUUAAAAUACACACUAAGUUAUGCGAGUUGACUAUCAUAGUUUGAUGUAGGGAAACUGGAAGAACCAAUUGUUUUUACCCCCGUUGCUAUAAAUACUUGUACACAUUA